AUGCCACGAUCAGAAGAGGCAGCAUCCUGGUACACGAUGGUGUACCGCGCAGUACGAGAGAUACCUUACGGCAGAGUAACCAGCUACGGCCAUAUAGCACUGCUUCUUGGAUACCGUGAGUACAAUCAAGUGGGAAUGUGCCUGAAAUACCUCCCAUCAGCGACAGACCAGCCAGACGCGCGGUACAACAGCGACACAGUCCCGUGGCAGAGAGUCAUCAACUCCAAAGGGGUCAUCAGCCAAAGGCGAGUUUUCUGUCGAACAAACGGCGCAGCAAAUCAAGAACGCGUGCUGAGCGCUGAAGGUGUGGAGGUUGGUCGUGGGGAUCUCGGGGAGCGAACAGUCGACUUCUCCUCGUAUGGCUGGUUCCCAAAUGUCCUUCCAAGCGAGGAAGAGGAGGAGUCACGCGAAGAAGAGGGUGUCUAG